GGUCGAUAUAGAUACAAUCUUGGAUAGAUCCGGUGGCCAACCCCUGGACACCUACCUUGUCUGUCGGAAAAGUCACCUCCCCACCAUGCCACGAGAUGACGGCGCCACGGCCAUCAACGUAGCCUAUCUGGGGCCCGAAGCUUCCUUUUCGCACCAAGCAGCCAUCGCAGUCUUCCCACCGCGACCAACGUCGUCGUGCAGCGGCAGCAGCACGAAUAGCCCAGUCACAUUACAUCCUCUUCCGACCUUCCCCAACAUAUUCUCCGCCAUCCAGGCGGCCUCUUCUACAGACGACGAGAUACAGUACGACUACGCCGUUGUUCCCAUCGAAAACAGCACGAAUGGCUCCGUGGUAGGAGUCUUCGAUCUGUUCGCUCAAUGCGGCCUCGAUUCGAGCGCCCCAUACCCUGACAUUGAAGUGUGUGCCGAAUACUAUCUCCCUGUACAUCACUGCCUCUUCAUAUCGCCCGACCUCACCUCGUCGACCUCGGACCGCGGGCCAGUGCCAGACCCAGUGUCCGCCAUCCGCACGCUCUACACCCACCCUCAAGUCUGGGGCCAGUGCACACGGUUCUUGUCGUCACAAUUCCCUCCCGCAAAGGUCGAAAGGAUAGACGUCGGAAGCACCUCUGCCGCCGCGCAGCUCGUCGCUCGAGAAUCAAACGGUGGUCUCAGUGCGGCCAUCGGGUCGAAGCUCGCUGGAGAGAAACAUAAGCUGACUUGUCUGGCCGAAAACAUCGAGGACGAGCCUGGCAGUAACACGACAAGAUUUCUUGUUGUGAAGAAUAGGAAACGAAAGAUAUCGUCGGAUGCGUUGCUCUCUUAUCUGUCAAGUUCACCCAAGGCAAAGGGCGAAGUAAGAAACAAAUCUCUGAUAACCUUUACCAUCUCGCACACAAAGCCCGGCGCAUUGGCAGAUGCGUUGGCCGUGUUCAAGACCUACUCAUUCAAUUUGACGAGUAUAGACACCAGGCCGAGCCGGAUGAGGAAUUGGCAGUACGUCUUUUUCGUGGAAUGUGAGCAGACGGCCGACGUGACGGACAGCAAUGACGCUGCUAACUUCAAUGGGGACGGCUUGAAGAGGAUGUUGGCUGAUUUGGAGAGAUAUACCGAGAGCCUCAGAUAUUUGGGGACUUUCGAGGAUCAAUUACUUAGGGAAGAGGGCGAUACUACUUGAAGAGUGCAGAGAAUAGAGUCAAGAACGAUAAUGAUUGACUACCUAAGGUGGUAUUGGCUAGCUGUCCUGAGUUCUGGAAUGCCAGAAGUUGGGUUGAGCCUGAGCAUGUAAUUCGAGGAACACGAAUGCCAGACUUCUCAGGAAUGACGGGGCCUUCGGCCAAACAAGAAAGAAGUGAGCUCGAAUGAAAAGGAGUGACCAGCUCACGAGAGACAAUACGUUUCGACCGAGGGUGGAAGUGCUUCGGCAAGAUCGGAGUAAAGCCUUCCAUUCGGAUUUCCAUGUCGCCGUCGUUGUGACGGACAGAGUUGAUGCAUCUGCUCGGCAGACCAUCUGGUAUGUCGGACUUACAUCAGGUUCAGUGGAGUUCUCAGCCAAUUCCCCUGCGGACACCGCUGGGCACUGCAGGAUCGUCGACGGGCUGCACCUGACCGCCGUCGUUUUCUCAGACCAUGACCAUAUUGCGUAGGUUAGAUCGACCUGAAGUAAGUGUUAGUCGGGCGAACUGGUACUAAUAGUUG